CAAACCAAUCAAACGAAUAACAAAUGACUAACAUAAAUAUAUAAUACGAAUUGAGCUUAUGUGAAUGUCUCAAUUAAACUUAAAUUUGAUAAAAAUUAAACUUGUUUCUUGAUCCAAUUUUAAGAUGCAUUGUCCAACUCCAAUUUGUUCCUUUUCAUGUCAAAUGUAUAUUACCCCUGGCUUGGCUAUGGGUGGAUUGCAAAGUCAUCCGGCUCCGCAAGGGGAUGCUGGUCUUGUCUGUCGGUGGAAUGGGGCGACGAAAUCAGGCUCCCACUCUGCAGGGGGCAUGGUGCUCAGUUCAGAGGGUGGGGUCCUGAGGGCUGCAGGGGUUCAGUUCUCAGUUAUUGAUGAUCCGGUGAUUGCUGAACUCCUGGCGCUUCGGGAGGCUGUGAAGUGGUGUUUAGCUCAAGGGUUUAGUAUGAUUCGCUUUGAGGGGGAUGCCAAGGUAAUUAUCGAUAAAAUUCGGCGGAGGGAAGUAGAUGAUAGUAGGAUGGGGGCUGUUCUUAGCGAGGUAGUGCAAAUUUGUGCCCUCCAUCCUGGUUUGAGUAUUCGAUUUGUAGGUCGGCGUAGUAAUAAGGUAGCCCACUUGGUGGGUAGAAAGGCCCUUUUGAUGUACCCGGCUGCUUGUCGUGCUGUUGAUUUUCGGGCCUGGCUGAGUUUCAGGAUGUAACUAUCUUUUUCUUUUGAUUAAUAUAUAUCUUUUGUUAAAAAAAAAGUAUAUUACAA